AAUAUAUAAAUUAACUCAAUAUUUAUCUUUUCAAUUCAUCAUGUAUUAGUUUUAAAAAUUAAAAAUACUCUUCAAGAAACUUCAAAAAUGAUAUGACACAACGAGUAUAUCCUUUAUAUCUUUGUUAUUUUCUAGUCAUAUUAGGUAAAUUCAAAAUUGAACAUUUAUCAUGUAAAUCACAAGUCUACUAAACAAUUGUUAGACGAAGAUUUGUUUUGAAUUAAACCUCAUGUUUGCCUGUAUUUGCUAAGAAAGAAUCGGAAAAUGAUACAAAUGGGUGGUUACCUCCAAGUAACCGUGAUAGUUGCCAUUAUACUUAAGAUGAUGCUUCGUGUAUGGGCCUAUUCAGGAUUAGUACUUGUGUUCUGCUUUUUGCUUUAUUACAUGUAUGGAGGCAUUUUUGCUUUCACUUUACUCUUUAUGUCUAUUUUAGGAAUAUUAUACCAUGCACAGGAUAAUUUUUUAUUUUAUCCUGAGGUACCAAGUCAUUCCAGAGUGUACAUUCCUAUUCCUUCAAUGUUUGGAUUACCAUAUGAAAGUUUAUAUACCAAAGCAUCAGAUGGAACACUAAUUCAUAUGUAUUUUAUUCAUCAACCUAUUGAGCGAAGAAAAAAUUCCCCUACCAUUCUGUUUUUCCACGGGAAUGCGGGAAAUAUGGGUCAUCGUUUACAGAAUUGUGUAGGCUUAUAUCAUAAUUUACACUGUAAUAUUCUUCUAGUCGAAUAUAGAGGAUACGGACUUUCAGAAGGUAGUCCAACUGAGGAAGGAUUGUACUUAGAUGCUAAGGCAAGCCUUGAAUAUAUAUUAACAAGAAAUGAUAUAAACAACAAUGAAAUAAUAGUGUUUGGAAGAUCUUUAGGUGGAGCUGUAGCUAUAGAUUUAGCUUCACGAGAUGACUAUUCACUGAAAAUUUGGUGUGUAGUCGUUGAGAAUACUUUUACCAGCAUUCCUGAUAUGGCUAGAGUUAUUUUUGGUUGGAAAUUGUUUAAUUUAUUACCAUUGGUUUGCUACAAAAACAAGUUUCUUUCAUUAAACAAAAUGAAGUUGUCUAGGGUACCAACAUUGUUUAUAUCUGGUUUAGCAGACACUCUGGUGCCACCAAGAAUGAUGAAUGAGUUACAUGGCUCUUGUAACAGUUAUGUAAAGCAACUUCUUCAAUUCCCAGCUGGAACUCACAACGAAACUUGGACAUUACAAGGCUACUAUCAUUCUUUAGCCAUGUUUCUCCAAAAUUGUAGAAUUAAAAAUCCUAAGUCUAACAAAGAUGUAUUUAUGAAUUAUUCUGAGAAAAAAAGAGAUAGGAUAGAAAUACUUUGAACAUUGUAAAUAAGAAAAUUGUCAAUAACUGGCAUUUUGUUGUCACAAAUAUAUUUUUUCAAUCGAUGAUGACAGAAA